UAUGUAUAUAAAGGAAUUUAUGGGAUCUAAAUGCUCAAAGGUUUUUGUAUUUUGAUUUACUAAUAAUGUGUAUGAAUGUUUGGGUCUUGAGGGGUUUUUCCGGGUUAUAGUUUCCAAGCGCCCUCUAUUUACGGCUAUUAGCCUAACCCAUAUUCAUAAUUCCGCUUGGCUCCAAAAAAAACGUGGUUUGAAAAUUUUAGAAGUUUUUACUUGUGUUGAAAAUGCCUAGGGCCAAAGCUGGUGCCAAGAGAAGGAGUACAGAGGUUUCAAACAGUACUACAGGCACAAGAGCAAAGACGAGAAAAGCACAGGAGGUAGACAGUGAAGCUAAGGAGGAUGUGUUGGUGAAGAAAAUCACCCAGGCCGUGUUGGAAGCAAUCGAUGAAAGGAACAAAGCCACUGAUACCCAAGGGGGAGGUGCUUCUGAUAGUGACGAUCGAGAAAUUCAAAGAAGUGUCCGUGGAUAUGGAGGCCAAACCCACCAGCAUACCAAUCCAUCUUUUGCAACUCUCCAAAGCACAGCAUGUAGUUUAAUAGACGCAGCAUUGGCUCCUAACACAAAGAAAUUGUACAGGCAGGCCCUAAAUUGUUUCAGUAGUUUUAUUCAGAGUUAUUACAAGACUGACUGCAUUAAGGAGAUUUCCCUUGGACAGGUUAUUUGUUUCGUGUCAUACCUAUUCAGUUUAGGAAAAGCACCAAGCUCAAUAUCAACUUACCUGGCAGCAUUGGCUUACUAUUUCAAAAUGACAAAUGCCCCAGAUCUCUCAAAUCAUUUCUUGAUCAAGAAAAUGUUAAGUGGGGCAAAACGGCUUGUCAAUUCUUCAGAUGUCCGACAACCAAUUACUUUGGAUAUUCUUGGGAAGCUCCUGGUGGCAAUACCACAUGUAGCCAAUUCUAAGUACCAAGAAUAUUUGUACAUGGCGAUGUUUCUUUUAGCAUUUUAUGCUUUUCUAAGAGUGGGAGAAAUCACAGUUCGUUCUGGCUCAAAUCCAAACCUGUUGCUUCGAAGAAAUGUUUCUUUCAAGCGUGACAAAAAACAAGUACGCAUGGUUGUUACAAUGAUCAACUUCAAACAUAAUUUAGGUAAAAAACCUGUCCAGCUGGAAAUAAAUCCCCAACCCAAAUGCAGCUUUUGUCCGGUGCAAGCUAUGAGAAAUUAUUUGGAGGUGCGAGGUGCAGAAGAAGGAGCCCUAUUUUGCUACAGAUCAGGACGACCCAUCUCGCGUACAGAAUUUUGUGAUGUUUUGAGGUCAGCACUAAAAUUUUCCAAGCUUGAUUCUAACACAUUUAAAGCACACAGCUUCAGGAUAGGAGCAGCAACCCAGGCACAUUUACAGGGUUUUUCAGAUUCACAAAUAAGAGUCAUGGGACGAUGGCACUCAGAGUCAUUUAAGAGAUACAUUAGGGUAUCAAUGUUUCCAACAUUUUAGUGUGUACAUUUUUUUUGGGAAGAGGUUAGAAGCUCCAAAUAUAAAGGAUAACUGUCUGAGGCGGUAUCCUUUAUUUUUGGUCACUUGAUUGUAUUUUGAAGGAAGGGGGAUUCUGUUUGAAGCAUUUUUCAUCUCUUUUCAUUGCAUCCCUUUCCAGGUAAUAAAUUCUUAAUUCAAUAAUCUCAUAAUUUUGCAUAUGUUUGAUGUUUUAGGUUAAUUUCAUGGUAUCAUUUUUUUUAUCAUGAAUGA